AUGGCUUCUUCCAAUUCCUCAGUGACCGCUCUGGGCGGUUUCCAUCCAGUCCAGGACGUGAAGAACAACAAGCAUGUACAGGAGCUGGGCAAGUUUGCGGUGGCUGAAUUCAACAAGAAGCACCAUGAAGCAGCAGCCCUUGUGUUCGUAGAGGUGGUGGAGGCUCAGAGCCAGGUGGUGGCGGGAACCAACUACAGACUGCUUAUCAAGGCCCUCAAAGCAGGGUAUGUCAAGCACUACAAGGCUCUUGUGUAUGAGAAGCCGUGGGAGAACGUCAAGACCCUGCCAUCGUUUGAGCCGGGAGAGUACCCAGACCAGGAGGCUGCAAUUGCCAUGCGGCCAGCAUUGGAGAGAACUGAACCUUCGGCAGAACUUGGUGGCAAUGACGCAGUGGACUCUCUGGCACACGCUCAAAGCAUGAAGGCAUUGAACUUGACACUUGACAGUCGUCGGCUAAAGCGAUUCAGCAAGGAUUCCUCCGACCUCCUUGAAAGAAUAAGUAGGAUCCUUGAGGAGGGUGGUGAAAGGGUGACCAUAUACGACUUGGGAACCAAUGGCCCCAUCAUGAAUUCCUUGAGUUUUGAGAGAACCACCUCAUACCAAGGUAAGGGGGCAACCAGUGUGAGGUGA